AUGCCACGAAGUAGCUCACCCUCAACCACUUCGACAGAAUCUUCAUCCUCGUCAGAGGAGGACUCUUCGACAGAGGAUUCUUCUUCUUCAGAAGAGGACUCGUCAUCAGAAGAAGAUUCUUCGUCAGAGGAGGACAGCGAUCAGGACCAAAGUUCAGUAGAUACAAAUGUGCCCGGAGGAGGGGGAUACGCAGACAAUUGGGGAUCAAACACUCCAACAACUGCACGGGUAGUACGAUUCUCCCACGGGAUUCAUGAUAUCGGCAGCCUUGUCGCUGAUCAUCAGCCAAGAAUUAUCCAAAUCGCCCGACCAUCCAGUAGGCGCCGCCAUUUCCGAACCGUGAGGAGACUGUACCGAACAGCAAGACGAGUUUGGCGAGGCUCCUCCAUUCCUACGGAAAGAUACUAUAUUGUUUAUCCACCAACUAGGAGGCUAUCCGGCAGUCACAUGACGCCUCUGUCCGGAUCUCGAACCACAACUGCAGUGCCUCAUCAAGACCGAGGAUUUAUCAACCACAUGGUCCCCCCAGGUGGUGAUGUUAUACGUACCGCAACACCUCCGCCGCCGUGGUCCGUCUCCGGGUCUGUCGCGUCGAGCGGAUAUGGCUCUGACAAAGAUCAAUGA